AUGGCCUUAUCGCUGCAAUCAAACCAGAACGCCAGAGGUGUGUCGGUAAGGUCGCUAUCGAGUAUGCGCGAAGAAUCUCUACCGAUGUUAGCGGAAAGGUUGCUCGCGAGUCGCGCUGCGGCUCUUGUCGCCGGUUUGCCAGCGGAGCUGUACUCAGGGGCGCUACUAGCCGCGUGGCCACCGUCGCCCCCCGCACCUUUACUUCCUCCACCUGCUCCUGAGUUGGAGCGCGCUCGCAAGCGCCGGCGCACUCCGAAGCUUGAUGAUACUACCGCGACAGCACCACCCUCUCCUCCUUCUUCAGGGUCGUCACCAGGAGCUACAGAUCCGCCUCGAGAUAAACUUUUCACAUGUAAAGUUUGUUCGAGAUCCUUUGGUUACAAACAUGUUCUUCAAAACCAUGAGCGUACACAUACUGGGGAAAAGCCAUUUGAAUGCGGAGAGUGUCACAAGCGAUUUACACGCGACCACCAUUUAAAGACCCACCUUCGUCUGCACACUGGAGAAAAACCUUACAGUUGUCCUCAUUGUCCGCGGCACUUUGUACAAGUCGCUAAUUUAAGACGACAUCUCCGCGUGCACACUGGUGAACGCCCAUACGCGUGUGCUCGAUGCCCCGCUCGCUUUUCUGAUUCAAAUCAAUUAAAGGCUCAUGCUCUCGUUCAUGAAGGUGAUGCACCUUUUGCCUGCCGGUGUGGUGCUAGAUUUAGGCGGCGGCAAGCUGCCGCUUUACAUAGAUGCUCGGGAAGCAGCUGUGAACCCGACACACCCAGCCCUCCAGCAGCAAUCGCGCCAGACUGGCGCUGGGAUGACUGGCCUGAACAAACGGAGCCUGAAGAUUUGUCCCUGCCAAGGAGACCGGCCACGCCGGACUCGCCGACUGAUUUACGCGUACACUCUGCG